AUGAGCAAACUUCUGGUUGUAUUUGGUGCCACCGGCCGCCAGGGUGGCUCCGUCAUUAAGUGCGUCCUCAGUGACCCGGUUCUCUCCAAGGAGUACAAGAUUCGAGGCGUCACGCGGGACCUAGGGAAGCCUGCUGUCCAGGCUCUACAGAACGAUGGCGUUGAGGUUGUAGUAGCUGAUGUGGACGACAAACCAUCCCUUGUGAAGGCCAUGCAAGGCGCACACGCUGUAUUUGGCGUUACAGUUACUGUCUACGACAAUCAGGCAAAGGAACGAGAAAUUCGUCAAGGAAAGGCACUAGCGGAUGCAGCAGUCGCUGCAGACGUAGAGUACUUGAUAUUCAGCUCGUUAGCCCACCCAGGCAGCAUCUCCGGCGGGAAAUACAAAAAUGUUAGUCACUUUGAGUCGAAGGCGGAGGUCGAACAGUAUAUCCGCGGGUUGCCAAUCAAGAGCGCCUUCUUCGCGCCCGGUUCGUUCAUGCAGAAUUUCAAGGAAACCAUGGCGCCCCAACCUACCGGUGAUGGCAACUUUGCGAUUUUCAACUGUAUCACGCCCCAGACACAACUUCCCCUCAUUGAUAUUGCUGAGGAUACGGGCAAAUGGGUAUCUGCAAUUCUCGCUGAGCCCGAGAAGUACGAAGGCAAGUACCUUGCAUGUGCGAUCAAACUCUAUUCAAUGGAAGAAAUCGCGGAGAUUAUCAGCAAGAUCUCAGGCAAGACUGUCAAAUAUAACCAGGUUCCCGAGAGUGUCUUCCGUGGUUUCCUACUGCCGCCAAUGGCUGAUGGUCUCGUUGAUAUGCUGUUAUAUUUUCAAGACUUUGGUUACUACGGUCCUAAGACUAAGGAACAGGUAGAAUGGGCUUCUCAGAAUGCUCGUGGGAAGUUGACCACAUUAGAGGAAUAUCUCACCAAGAACCCUCUUGCAUUAGCUUAA